AUGCCUUUAUCGAAUCGCCGCCGCGCGCGGCGCAAGGAAAUUCAGUUGCAGGAAACAUCUGACGCGGAGGCUCCGGACUCGUCGCCAACGCGGCCGUCAAAUAAGAAGCGCAAGGUCGAUCAUCCUCGAGUCUCCCCCCAGACGCGCCCAAUAAAGCCCGAAUCCGCCGACGAAGCCGACGAUGACCACGAGCUGGCGGAGAAUCAGGACCUCGUGGAGAUGGUGAUCUCAUAUUUAGAUGCCGCCCGCGAAGAGGUCCGAGUCCUCCGCGACUACUCCAACACAAAGACGGAGGCUGAGCAGAGCAUUCGCGCCUACGCCAAAAUUGCCGGUCGCAAUUGGACCUACUAUGUGAAAACCCUCCAUGUCAACAUCGGUCGCGAACCCGACCGUGAACAGAAGCUAGAUGAGCAGUCGAGUCCCGUCACGAUCGCCGCGCGCGCCCUGCCUGAGGUGAAUGUCGAUCUGGGUCCCAGCAAAUUUGUCUCGCGCCUGCAUGCGGAGAUCUUCUACGAUGGUGAGGACACGGGCUCGUGGCACAUCCGCGUCAACGGUCGCAAUGGGGUGCGCCUCAACAGCGUCAUCCUCAAGCGCGGAACCGACGCCGUGCUCUCUUGCGGCGACAUUAUCGAGAUUGCCAACACCCAGAUGAUGUUCGUCACCCCGGGUGACAAGGCGACCAUUCACCCCAGCUUUGUGGAGCGGGCACAGCGACUGGCAAACGGCGAGGAAGAUCCCGCUGCCUGGGAAGCCAGUCAACACGCCCAUCCCCAUACCUCUCACUCCUCGGCCACCACCGCUGGCAGUGCCGCACCCGCCCCGCCAUCGCUGGCUCCCGCACCGCAGUUCCUCAAGCGACAAGUGACUCCCCCGCCACGGUCGCCCGACACGGUGGGGGCUCGUACCGCCAAGCAGUCGCCUCUAUAUAACCGGGGCAUGAUGAUGGAGAGCACGGAGGAGAUUGACUACAGUAAGGAUGCGGCCAAGGACCUCAAGCCACCGUACAGCUACGCGAAUUUGAUCGCACAGGCCAUCUUCUCGAGUGAGGAGGAGAAGCUCACCCUCAACAAUAUUUAUAACUGGAUCAUGGAUAAGUACGCCUUUUAUCGACAUUCCCAGAGCGGCUGGCAGAACUCGAUUCGCCACAAUCUCUCGCUGAACAAAGCCUUUCAAAAGGUGCCGCGGCGGACAGACGAGCCGGGUAAGGGAAUGAAGUGGCAGAUUGCGCCCGAGCACCGCGAAGAGUAUUGGAAGAAGCAGCUGCGUAAGGGUACGCAAUCGUCGGCUCCAUCGUCUCCUGCGACCAAAGUCCCCGACCGGAGGGGCUCCACGAACGGCAUGGAAGCGGUCUUCAGCAGCAAGAAGUCCCCACCCGUGUCCUCCCCGGGGUUCAGCUCGUUCCCCGUGGCACCAGUAGAGGCAUACACACCCGAGCGCGGAUCUCGCGCCAGCCGCAAUGGAGCAGCAGAACAUAAUCUACGUCCACCGAAUACCCGCGACUACGAGGAGCCGUCGCCGCUUCCGACCCGAUCAGCGAUCAAGAAUGCGGGUAGCAAUGGGACCAGUCUCAGUCGGACGUAUGGUCUGUCGGACACGGCCGUGGGGUCACCUCCGGUUUUGUCCUCAUCAUACUACGAUGACGGACCAUCGUCCAUGAUUACCCCGGCCCCACAGCGGCAACAACCGCGCCUGCCCCCUCCGAGCACGGCGCAGAUUCCGUCCAAGUUCAUGCCAAUGAGCUCGCCGGCGCAAUUCUGGAAGUUUGCGGAUAUCGGCAGCACACCGGCGCGACCCGUGCCUGAUAUGAGUCCGCUCAAGGGAGAUCCCGGGGACGUGCUAGGCAGUAUUCCGAGCAGCAGUCCGCCACCGCCCAACUUGGCAAGCCCCAGCAAACCCGGAACGGCGGGGGGCAUGGCCACUGGUCGUGCGUUGCCGCCACCGCGUCGGGAGCCCGAGCCAGAGGGUGGCCGUCGGCCAGGCGGCGCUGCCCCGGAUGCGGAAGAGGAGGAUGACGAGAGCGGAUUCGAUUUGGCGAGAGGCUUUCAAACGAUCGGAUCGUAUCACCGCCAGCUAAGCAAUGCAGCGCGUACGAGUGCGGCGACGUCGUGA